AUGAAGCUCUGUGUGACUGUCUUCUCUCUCCUCGUGCUAGGGGCUGCCUUCUUCUCUCCAGCACUCUCAGCACCAAUGGGCUCAGACCCUCCCACUGCCUGCUGCUUCACUUACACCCAGAGGAAACUUCCUCGCAACUUCGUGGUGGAUUACUACGAGACCAGCAGCCUUUGCUCCCAGCCAGCCGUUGUAUUCCAGACCAGAAGGAGCAAACAAGUCUGCGCCAACCCCAGUGAACCCUGGGUCCAGGAGUACAUACACGAACUCGAACUGAGCUGAGCCACCCAGCACAGGGCUGGCCAGACUGUUGGGGAAGGCCGC